AUGAAAUAAAAUAGAGUUUCUAUAUUGACCAAAUAAAACAUAAGAUAUGAAGGAUCAUUAUAUGCUAUAGACAAAAUUCGGAAAACAGUAUUCCUCAAAGAAGUGAAGUGUUUUGGAACUGAAAAUAGAGAAACUACAAUUUUUAUUCCUCAAUCAACAAAAAUUACCUAAAUGGCAGAGUUUACAAAUGAAUAGAUUUUAGAGAUAAAAAAACUAGUAUAAUAUUAGUUUAUUUGUAGAACAACAAUGAGUUUUCUGAACAUUUACAUUUGCCAAGUACGAUGAAAGAUCAAAGUUAAGGUUCUCAAAAAGAGAAAUUAGUUACAUAACUUUUAAAUUAAAGUUGUACUUAUGAAGUGAACAGAUCACCAUUGCCCAAGAUUAGCAACAAAAAAAAUAGACACUUAUAUACUUAGAGUCCAGAUUAUAAGAAAGUGGAAUAGAAACCUUUAUACAUCACAAAUAAUUAUUUAUAAAUGAAGAAAAUGGAAUAAUUCAAAAAAAUGAUGAUGCUUCGAUAACAUAGAUGA